GCAGAUAAAGGAGGGAGGCAGUGUGUUGCUGGGUAUAUACAGAAGAACUGCUAGAAUAGAUGUCAGAUUCCACCGGCUAGUGCAACUGCUUUUGAGUGCUCCUACUUCUGCCUUGGCUGCCCAGUACCCCCUUUCUCUCUGAUUUGAAGUUUUGGGUUUAUUUGAAUGUGCUUUGCAAGGGAAAGAGUGAGCCUAUCCAAGAGGAGAAGAGCUGGUUCUUUUCAGCACCACCAAAAGGGGACAGCUCUCACGAAGUCUUUGGACUGCAAGCCUUCCGAUCCUUUCGUCCUACCACAAACUGGACUCUGGAGCCACCUGGUAUCAUGGAGCUGUCCACCAUACCCGGUGCUGAAAUAUUUUACAACAGUACCUUCCAGGACUUUAGCUCAAGUUCUCUCACAACUUCUAAUGCCACAAAUCAAUUGCCAAUGAAAAAUACUACUUCAAUCGUCAUCGCUAUUGCUAUCACCGCCCUGUAUUCCGUCGUAUGUGUGGUGGGACUUUUGGGGAAUAUCCUGGUAAUGUACGGCAUUGUCAGAUACACCAAGUUGAAAACUGCCACCAACAUCUAUAUCUUCAACUUAGCCCUGGCAGAUGCCUUGGCCACCAGCACUCUGCCCUUCCAGAGCGCUAAGUACCUGAUGGAGACCUGGCCUUUUGGGGAACUGCUUUGCAAAGUCGUCCUCUCCAUUGACUACUACAAUAUGUUCACCAGCAUCUUCACCCUCACAAUGAUGAGCGUAGACCGGUACAUUGCCGUUUGCCACCCAGUCAAGGCCUUGGAUUUCCGGACUCCGGCUAAAGCGAAGUUGAUCAAUGUUUGCAUCUGGGUUCUCUCCUCUGUGGUUGGAGUGCCGAUCAUGGUCAUGGCUGUCACUAAAUCGCAAGGUGGCAUUACAAUCUGUCUCCUUCAGUUUCCUGAACCUCAAAUUUACUGGGACACGGUCACCAAGAUCUGCGUUUUCAUCUUUGCUUUCUUGGUUCCCAUCUUGGUCAUCACCAUCUGCUACGGGCUCAUGAUUCUCCGCUUGAAGAAUGUCCGUCUCCUCUCAGGCUCCAAGGAGAAGGACCGCAACCUGCGCCGUAUUACGCGCAUGGUGCUCAUUGUGGUCGCCGCCUUCAUCAUCUGCUGGACUCCCAUCCAGAUCUUUGUCAUUGUUUGGACCCUGGUUGGCAUCGACAAGAAGAACCCUUAUGUCAUGGCCAGCCUGCAUUUUUGUAUCGCCCUGGGCUACACUAACAGCAGCCUCAACCCGGUCCUUUAUGCUUUCUUGGAUGAAAACUUCAAGAGAUGUUUUAGGGAGUUCUGCCUCCCGUUCCGAUCACGGAUGGAGCAAAACAGCUUUAGCCGGGCCCGCAACAGCACCCGAGAACGUGUUUCUACCUGCACCCCAUCAGAAGGUCUUCAUAAGUCGGCAUGACUAGAUAUGGACAGCCACAAAAGAGGCUUCAGCAGAGGAGGCAAAGGGGAAGACCUGCACUCUGAAGUCACCCAGGUCACCACCACGGAAUUCUAGCCUGAACUGAUGCAAGGAGCCAUUCAGGAAAAGGCACCACCACAAAUCUGGUGAACUUUUCAGAGUUAUUUAGGACAUCCCUCUCCAAGCUGAUGCACGGGGACUACAGUUCUCCAAACUCUUAUUGAGCACUUCCAACAUAUCUGGAGGACCACAUAUUUGGGGAAAGACACACUAGGUGGGGUUCCCCGCCCGCAUUCGACCUAUGACAAGCCAAAUUUGUGUUCCACAAAAGGAUCUCCGCUGGUUCAAUUGUUCUAUGGCUGCAAAUUUCUUAGGAAAUCUUUACCUAUUUUUUUUUUUUGAAUGAAGUCUCAAAGAGGCAUUAAGUGAAUGCUGGGUAUGCGUGCCCAUUCAUGCCCAUGUGUACAUAUACAUUUAUGGAUCUCUAAAAUCAAUGCCUUCAAAUGGUUUGAAGAACUCACAGCUUCCGCUUCUGCUUCCCUGAAGAUAUUUUUCAUUUUAGCUUUACCAAUCAUCCUCUGGUUGAUGGCUUCUUCCUCCCUUCUCUCACCAGUUACAUUCAUUGGGCAAACCAGUAUCAGAACCCUCUUUCAGAGUUGCGAUGGUUCAAUGGAAGCAUCCGAAAAUAGCUAAAUGGGAUAUUUUUAAAACAGCCAUUCCUUUUUUAAACCAAACUUUCCAAUGGCUGCCAAAUUUAGUUAUCCGUUCAGAGAAAGAAAGAAUAGCCUUUGAUUUGUCAAGUUGGAGCAACUCAAAUCUUUGCCUCUGUAGCAACCGGGAAAGCAAUGAACUGAAGAUACAAAAUUCUACUGAUAGUGACUUAAUCUCUGUGUAAUCAGUGUUUAUUUGGCAGUGCAGGUUAGAUUCGUUUCAGUGGUGUUCCUUCUAUAUUGCCUCUCAAAAGGCCAGGAGAAGAAGGAAACCAGGGUUCCGUAACCAGAGUUGGUUUCCUGGUUCCAGAGAACUAGGAACUCUAGAUGGAAAGAGGUUGAACAUCGGAAACCAACAAAAAUAUUUCAUCCCAGGUUUCCCCAUGAUCCAUGGCAAGUGUCCUCCUUACAGAGUCUCAGUUUCCUCAAUGUUUCAUAUAAAUAGAUGCGGUGGCCCAGUGGCUAAAAUGCUGAGGUUGUCGAUCAGAAAGGUCGGCAGUUCAGCGGUUC